AUGCUUGAACCUUUACUUUCAAAAUAUUUCACACCGAAAAAGCCCGUUCAUCUCUCUUUUCUCGAAUCCCAAAUGGAGGAAUUGAUAGCCAAACUAACGGAUCCCGACAUCCAGCCAGAAUACUCUCGUCCAGACCUAUUCCAUCUCUUGGGACAUGGUCUUAACAAUGCUGGCAAGUUCCCCACUCUCGUGACUCACCAGGAAUCACUUCGAGUCAAAGGUAAACGAAACAAAGGCCAUGGUGAUGUUUCAGCUGAAAAAGGUGAAUCAGAUCUUCCAAAACAUGCAAAUGAGUGUCAAAUUCCUAGUUUUUGUACUGAAAAAGAAUUGGCAGAAUGUGAGGUGUUUGCACUUAAAGAGCACAAUGGGAAAGCCACA